UCUUUGAAUGGUUUGUCCCUUUUGUGUUCCUGUAGUUAAGAGGAAAACAUGGCGCGUGACGACGACGGCGACGAGGAUUUUGUAACUUUCGGAACUGCUUUGGAGCCUUUGGAAGACGAUGAGCCCCUGAGGAAGCCCAUCCCUCUCCAUGAGCAGACUGUAAAGGAUGAGAAGGGUCGGUACCAGAGGUUCCACGGAGCGUUCACUGGAGGCUUCUCAGCUGGUUACUUCAACACUGUUGGCUCAAAGGAAGGUUGGACCCCAUCAACAUUUGUAUCUUCAAGGCAACAGAAAGCUGACAAGCAUCAUGCAAGGCCAGAGGAUUUCAUGGAUGAGGAGGAUUUCGGAGAGCAUGGAAUCGCUCCCAGACAGAUCACCACCAGUCUGGAGUUUUCCUCCAGCCGCAGAGACGAGGCUGCAGAGAGAGCAAAAGCUGUCGGCGCUCAGGCUGCUCUGAUUCCUGGCGAUACGCUGCUGGAGGAGCUGAUCUCACCUGCCAAGUCGUCGAUCGGCGUGGAGCUGCUGAGGAGGAUGGGCUGGAGGGAAGGUCAGGGAGUUGGGCCUCGUGUGAAGAGGAAACCUCGCAGACAGCAGCAGGCGGAAGGCGGAACUAAAGCGUACGGCUGUAUGCUGCCCCCUGCUGGUUCGGAGGAUUCAGAGGAUGAAUAUGAGGAGUUUGCUCCUGACAACGUGACCUUUGCCCCUAAAGACGUGACUCCAGUGGACUUCAGUCCAAGACUCGGAGUCCAGGGUCUGGGAUACCGCGGUCUGGACCCGGGCCUUGCACUGCUGGGCCGUGGUGCAGAUGAACACAUCGACCUAUUCAGGCCUCAGUCUGAGUCGAGGAGCCGCCUGUUUGGAGACGCACGGAGCAGCGUGAGGCGAGGAGGAGUUGCUGGACAGGCCUUCGGUGUGGGGGCACUGGAGGAUGACGACGAGGAUGUGUACCACCGGGACUCCAUGUCCAGAUACGACACAGUUCUGGGAGGAGAGGAACCAGGAGACGGGCUGUUUGGCUGGACCGCUCCGCAACAGUACACAAAGAAGAAAGACAAAAGUAAAGAUGCUUCGUACCUUGGUAAGAUUCUGGAGGGAUUCACUCUGGCCCAGAACCCUCCUGAGGAGAAGGUGAUCUUCCCUCCUCCCGCUUUGCCUAGCAACUAUCGUCCAGUUCACCGUUUCCGUCCUCAAGUUGAUGUUUCCAGACUCUCCGGAGUCAGUCCGGCUCUGGCUCAGGCUCUCAAGACCUCCAGGGGUCACAUGAUCAAAGAGGAUCCCCAGCAGGAAGGACGCCACCAGCUGGACUCCGGCCAGAGGAGGACAAUGCUAGGAGAGGACGCGCUGAAAGGUCCGAGUUCAGUCAUGGACCUGCUGAGACCUGAAGACCGACAGCGUCUGCUUAACCUGCGUAAUUCCACUAACCCAACGACCUGCACCCCAGUCUCUACAGACAAGUCACAGGUCGCCAAGCAGGACCUUUUGGUGGGGGUGGCUCCACCCCCUUCUGGCCUCCAGCAGCAGCAGAAGGUUCUGGCAGCCUGGAGAGGCAGCAACGCCUCCACACAGACCUUCAAACCAUUUGAGAAGACCCCCUCCAAGCAGGCCCGCUAUGAUCUGUACCUAGACAGGCUCCGACAGGGAGACACAGACGCUCUGGAGCAGAGUCUGGACCAAACCAUGACGGAGUGGGAGCGCAGCAGGGAGCGGGAAGAGUUUGUCCGGGCUUCCGUCCUGUACCGACCCUCUUCCUCCUCGCUGUCCUCGCGCUUCACCAGCGCCAAACAUAAGGAGGACGAGGACUCCGUGGAGGUCAACCGGGAUGAGGAGGGCGACGUGGACGACAAACAGAAUGCCGUCAAGAUGAAGAUGUUUGGGAAACUCACCAGAGAAACAUUUGAGUGGCAUCCUGACAAGCUGCUGUGCAAGAGGUUCAACGUUCCGGACCCGCACCCUGGGUCGGGUGUGGUGGGUCUGCCGAAGGUGAAGAGGGACAAGUUCUCAGUCUUCAACUUCCUGUCUGUGAUGGAGAGCAGAGAAAUGGCAGCACCUCCAAAGCCUCCGGAGUCGGGGAAGAAGUCGAGGUGGGACGUUUCACAACAGGAGACCAAGGGAACGAGUGAGGAUCCACAGAGUGCUGCACAAACUCAACCCGAGACCAAAUCGGACCACAGUUCUGAUCCCGGGUUGCCCGCCUCCAGCAGCAGGGGCACGAGUGCUGCCAGCAGAACUCAGGAAAAGUUAGCAGAUCUGCAGAGCUCAGAAAAGAAGACAGCUGGUGAUGAAGAGGAGCAGCAGGAGGAGGACGAAGAGCAGGAGGAGGAGGAGAGCAGGCCUUCCAUGGAUCUGUUUAAAGCCAUCUUUGCCAGCUCCUCUGAUGAGAAGUCCUCCUCUUCAUCAGAGGAGAGCAAUGAUGAAGAGGACAGAAAAGAUAAAGAGGAAGGAAAAACGGAUUUACAGCCAGCAAACCUUUUUACCAUCACCACCUCCUCUGUGACCACCUCCUCUGUGACCACCUCCUCUGUGACCACCUCCUCUGUGACCGCCUCCUCUGUGACCACCUCCUCUGUGACCACCUCCUCUGUGACCACCUCCUCUGUGACCACCUCCUCAGCCAUCACGUCCAACUCUCACACAGGCGCUGCCUCCUAUCAGAAAUCAGCGCAAGAAGAGUUGGAGUUUGGUCCGAAGCUGCCGCCUCCUUCAACUCCUGCAGACAGAGGAGGCGCUGCCCAAAUCUGCUCCCAGAGUCGGGAGGAAUUCAGCAGAAAGAAGGAGAAGAAACACAAGAGCAGAAAACAAAACAAACACAAGAAGGACAAAAAGAAGAAGAAAUGCAAGAAACACAAACACAAGCAGGAGAAGAAGAGUAAGAAAGAUGAGUCUGACAGUUCAGAGGACAUGGAUAAGGAUGAUGAUGAUGAUGAUCAGGUGUCAACGGCUGAACUUCUGAAAAGACUGAAGAACAUCCAGUCCCAUCGGACCCGCUGAGCCAACAGGAACCCCGUCCUCUGUGAGGAUUCACCUCUCAGCUGACUCCCUGGUUUACAUCACUGCUGUGAAGGUUUUAAAUAGACAAAUAAAACGUUUAUCUCUGAA